AUGAUGCAAAAGAUGGUGCUGCAACAGCAGACCUUUAUGCAGACGGUGACUGCUUCAUUUCAGCAGCAACAGCAGUCGAUGCUGCAGCAGUCACAGACGUUUAUGCAGACCAUUGAAACAUCUAUGCAGCAGCAACUGCAACAGAUGAGGCAGCAAGUUGCGAGUUCAGCGCCUGUGCCACCUACAGCGCCUGGAUCUCCGGUUUUGGAGUCCUAUCGGAUAAGUACUCCGAGUCCGGGUAGGUCUCCGCCACCCCCACCACCAAGAGAUGUUCAGGAUGUGGAGAGAGAUGUCUUCGCUAAAUCCGACAAAUGGCUGCCUAGUUUGCCUGUCAUUGACUUUACGUCAUGGAAGGAUAGGAUCUCCGAAGCUUUAGGCUUCCUCACCUGGAUGGAGAAGCUGACCAGUUGGGUCGGUUUGGGUUCUGAGGUGUUCCCAAACGAGCUCAUGCAUGCUGUUCGAACAAAGGAUGAAGGUGUCCUUGGUCAGGAUAGGUUGACUGUUGAGCAGCAGAAGAGAUCAAUUAGGUUGUUGCACAUUCUGCGGCAGACCUUUGCAGGCCAUGAUAAGAGUUCUUUGAUUCUGCAGAACUAUGUGGAAGGAGCGGCUUCGUAUCAGCAAUCGGGAUUCGUGGCUCUGAGAUUAUUGGCGAAGGAGUUUUGCCUGAAAUCUCGGUCUGAGUGUCUCUACUUCAGAGCACAGUUGGUCAAUCAGACGGUGAAAGCGCCAACUAUCCCAGAAAUUGUGAGAAAGAUUGAAUCUGAGCAACAUAAGUAUUCGAAGCUGUUGAGCAGUUUGGAUUCGGAUGUGCAUGCGCAAGGACUCGAUUUGCAAGAAGCAGAUUUGGUCAUGGUGUUGCUUAGAAGUUUGCCCGAGAGGUGUCGAAGCUACUGCUUGCUUCAUGGUGAUAGUGAUUCGUUUGAGGAUCUCAAGCGGGUUGCUUUGAAGUAUGAGGUGCAACAGCGAGUUUGGUCUGAAGGACCUGGUACAAAGCUGAAUCCGUUCAAAGGUGAUGAGAAAGGAAAAGGUGGUGACGAAAAGGGAACUCCUAAAGGAAAAGGUGGCAAGAAAGGAAAAACAGGCAGGAGCCAGAGUGCGUCCAGGGGUGGAGCUAAAGGAAACAAGGAUGUGGAGUGUUGGAACUGUGGAAAGAAAGGACAUUAUGCUGCAGAUUGCUGGGCUCCACCAAAGAAGGAUCAAGGCAAAGAGAAUGCAAAGAAUAAUGGAAAGCCCUCGCCGAAAGGUAAGGCAAAGGCAAAGGCCAAGGGUGGAAAAGAUAAAGGCAAAGGAAAAGGCAAGACAGUUGCUGAAGUUGCGCCUGACGAAGGCGAAGGUGUUGAUCUUACUGGAGAUCAAGGUUGGACUGAGCCAGAGUCUGAGGCUCAUGUGAGCUCGGUGAUGCGGCAACUCAACGAGAUCGUUGAUGAGGUUCGACGGGAUUGGAUUCCGCCGGCCCAGGAUGAGUUUGUUAUGACCCGAGAGGCAAGUGUCAAAGUUCGGAUGGCCGAAUUGGAGCAUAGGAUCGCGAGUGAUCUCGGUGAGAUGCUGGGGAAGGAUCUGCCAGGAUCGGUGAACUUACUGAGAGGAUCUCAGGUGAAUGGAGUGAGUAGCCUGAACAACGAUCAAAUGGCCAACUGGUGGCUCAUUGAUUCUGGUGCUUCGGUGACAGUGAUUGCCAAGAAGUUUCUCGAUGACUUCACGGUGAUGUCGAGGAUGCCUUUGUGCCCAAGCGAGAGGUAUUCAGCGGCAAAUGAUACGCCUGUCACGGUGUUUGAAAGGGUGAGAGUGAAAGUAAAAAUGCCUCUGUAUGAAGGGGAUUCGUAUAUUGGAAUGGUCCCUGUGAUGGUGACUGGAGUUGUAGCUGACGUUGGUCACAACAUCUUGAGCACUGAGCACAUGGUUGCUACCGGCUGGGAAGUGAAGUUUUCAAAGGCGGAGAUUUCGCUUCGUCGGGUGAAAGGAGGAUUGGUUGGAUAUGGACAGUCCUGGGCUGGAUGCCCAUGGAUUUAUCUGCAAGGUGCAGACACGUCAACCAAGAAAGUGACCUUUGGAAGGACACAUGUUAAGAUGGAUGUCGACCAAGAGGAUUCGUCAAGUCCCAUGGAAGUUGGGAACGUGUCGGCUAUGACGGUGAAGAUGAAAGAGGAACUCGAAGUUCAUCGGAUGCGAGGACAUAUCCCUUUCAUGCCUGGUUGUCCCCAUUGUCAAAAGACAAGAGGUGUGACGCAACAUCGGAGAGGCAAAGAUGUGGGUAAUCGCCCUGUGGAGCUGCAAGCAGACUUUUGUUACAUCAACUUGGUUACUGGUACCUUUGUCAAGGACCAGCCCAACGCACCCAACAUGAAGAUUUUGGUGAUGACUGAGAUGUCUACCAGAAUGGUUGGUUGUGCCCUUGUCGGGACAAGUGCGGAUCACACAUCGACUUGGAUUCGGUACUGGAUGAAUGCUUUUGGGUUGACUACUGCCGGAUCUGCGGUGUUACUUCGGACUGAUAGUGAAACAGCUGUCAGCGCGUUGAUUCGCCGGGCGAAUCUUGGGAUUCGGGUUGUGACUCAGAAAGCGCCACCGCAAGGACAUGAAUCUGUUGGUGGAGUUGAAAGAGCAGUUCGGACUUUGAAAGAGCUGUUCAGCACGAUCAGGCUUGACCUGAGAGCCCAAGGGUAUGAUCUGAAGCGCAGUCCACGUGCGUUUGAACUAGGUUUGGUCUACUGUGCUGCCAUGCACAAUCAUCAUUCGGCUGCGUUUGAUGGAAAGAAGUCUCCUCAGGAGUUGGUUUUGCAGAGACCACUGGCGGAGUGUGCAUCCACGUUGAUCGGGAUGACGGUACUUGCGGAAUUACCGGAUAGUAUGAAGAAGACUUCUUUGUCGAGAUUUGUGGAAGCAGCUUACUUGUAUCCAGAAGUUGGUGGCUUGACCCAUGUGGUGAGUUCUAUGGUGAAUGGGACACCACAUCACUAUCGGGCGAAGUCGAUAAAGCAUAUCACUCCUCUGAAGGUUGGAAUGGAGCAUUGUGGACAUUUGCUCAAGGCCUAUGAUCCUAGCGAUACAUUGGCACCUCCCAUCUUGAAAGAGUUGGAUGAUGGGAUACCUUCUGAAGUUGAGGGUGAAGUCGACAAAGCGUUUGAAGGAAAGGUGUCACAAGGACCUACCACAGACAUGAGUCAGGUAGGACCACCUGCGGCAUGGGUACGAGAGCAUGGAGGAACACCUGGAUGUCCAGCGUGUGGUGAGAAGCGUGGAAAAGCCAAUCACAAUGCUGCCUGCAAACGGCGGUAUGAUAAGUGGUUGAAGGACCAACGUGAGAGGUUGGUUGUUGAAGGGGAGCAAGAGACGGUUGGAGGUGAACCUGGAUCUAGUUCAGGAUCGACCGCGGCUCCGAAGGUUUCUUCAGAAGCGAGAAGCUCUGAGGAUGCGGGGGUGCCUCUUGCCAGUGCACCUUCGUUGAAGCGUCCAAAGACCAGUCAUGAGACUACCGGCCUGGAAGGCGAAGAGCCCUCAGCGGCGUCCAAGCCAGAUGUGAUUGAUGUGGAGAUGUUUGAGGACCCAAGUAUUCCUUAUGAAAACAUUCCAGAUGAGGAGAUGCCUCCGGGAUACUUUGAAGAUGAACAGCCUAUGGAGAUUGAUAAGGGAGUAGCUGAAGAGGCUGCGGCAAUGAACGUCGAGUCUGAAAGCUCCCCAAGCGAGCCUAGUAGGGUUCCAAGGCUGUUGCAGUCACUUCAUCCAAGAUUGGAUGCCCCAGAAGGUUUUACCAGUGCUUGUGAGGAAGCAGGUGUGCCGAAGUUAGCCAAAGUAGUGAAUGCUGUUCUGAUUGAAAAGAACACUGUGUAUCCCGAGCAAGUCCAGAUGUGUGGAUCGAAAGUUUGGUUGGCCAAGAUGAAGAGUGCGUUGUCUGAGCUGGAUGGGUGUCCAUUGGACGUUGUGAACGGGAAAGAGGCAGUGCGCGCCCGGUGUGUGGUACAAGAUGAAACGGGUCGCAUCACUCCGACUGGAGGAAGAAUUGUCUUCUUGGGAAGAGAGAUUGAGAGGAAUGGUGAGCAUCUACGGAUGAGAGUUCCACCGAAGUACAUGGAAAGUUUGUUUGAGACAGACUUUUGCAAGGACCUGAAGGUGGUGAAUAGUCCUCCGGAUCUUGUGAAGAUCAUUGAGAAGGGUCGCGCUGAUCCUGAAAAGGAUAGCGUGUUGUCGGAGGCUGCUGCGAUGCGCUAUCGAGCGGUUCUUGGAAGGAUUGCUUGGUGGGGCCAGUCUCGUCCAGACUUGGCUCGUUGGAUGUCGAUUCUUUCCCAAGGUCAGUCGAAGCCUACGGCGUGUUUUGAGCAUGCUUUGAGGCAAGUGAUUCGUUUCUUGAAAGGCCAGUAUUUGUGUUGGUCUUACUUUGGUCCUGGGAGUGAGGUCCCAGACGGAGGAUCUGCCACGCUUGAUGUGUAUGCGGAUGCGAGUUGGGCACCGCAAGAAAGUGAAGGACUGGCAACGCUGAUUGGACAAUUGGUCCUUUGGUGUCCUACGUCAGCUAUGGUGGCUGAUAUCAUGACGAAGUGUUUGAGUUGGGAGAUUUUCUUGAGACACCAACAAGCUUUAGGGAUUUUUGAAGAUGAGAAUGUGCAGCAAGUUUGGAGGAUUUGCGGAAUUCGGUUCUCUCGCAGCGACUCUGGUUCAAGCGCCACGCAAGCUAGCCCAUCUGUGGAAGUCGUACCUUUGUUGAAGGACGGCAUGACGGGUUCAAAGGCGGAUACCCAGAAGGGAUCCGUGGAGGCACCAUACUGGUGCAAGCAAUGCAAAUGGCUGUUUAAGACAGACCAUUCCCAUGGACUGGGAUGGACGGAUGAGUACAAGCCCAGGUGUGAGAAGUGCCAGGGCGUGAUAAGUGUUUGGGGAUCCAAUGCCUCCCACGCCUUUCAUCUCCGAGAGGGAGAGAAAGAGAAGCGGUUUCCGAAAGGCGGCAAAGGGGAAGGCAAGUCAUCCCAGUGGGUGCAUGGCGAUGGUGGAAAAGGUGAUGGCACCAAUCUGGGUGAAAGCCCGAUGGUGAAAGUUACGCCAAAGCCUGAAGGGCCACCGAGUGUGGCAACUAUGUUUCCAGAGCUUAAUGGGAGUGAGGUGCCAGCAUGGUACACUGAGCUCUGGGGGAAGAUGGGCAUCCGAGGAGUCCCUCUUGAUCAGGUGGAUCUCCAACCUUUGUUGGAAUCCUUGCCGGCUGAGGAUCAGGAGUGGUAUAAGAAGAGCUUUGAGAAGCUCAGCCACCCGAACUUUGCUGUGUUUGAGCAUGGGGAUCCGAUGCCGGGUAAAGUGGUGACAGUCCUGGAUAUGAGAUCGCAGACUGGUGGCAAGUCUGUCAUCUGGGAGACAACUGUGAAUGGAGGUUGCAUCUACGUUGAAAUGGGCCCGGGGUUGAGUGGUUUGGCAGUGCUCAUGUUUGUGCAGUACCUGAAGAGGAAGGGGUUCUUGGUGCUUAUCCUUUUGAGUGGGCAUCAGGACCCAGGGAUCUUGCGGAUGAUGGAUCUGCUUUACACACUUCCCAUCCUGGGAGUGGAGAGUUGCACAAAGGGUGAUCUGGAAACCACCUCCCAUCCUCCCUGGGUGUGCCGAUGGAAAGAGCAUGCUCAGAAUGGCAACGUGGUGUUCAAGGCUGUGCUUUCCAAGGACCUCGGGAAGCCGUUGCCUCUGUGGGCCUACUUUGCGUACACCAACAAUGAUGUGGUGAAGGAAAGUUUGAUUGUGGAAUGCGAUCACAUGGCUGUGCAGGUUCCCAAUGGGGUGCUUGAGAGCCUCCGUGAGCCUAUGAUCUGGCAGUGUGACUGCGCGUGGCAUAUGGCCACGGACUACACAAGCAGGUUCACUACGAACCUCCCGUGCAUCCUGUGGGAGCACAUCUGGAAGUUUUUGGGUGGGAACACUCAGAAGCUGAUGGAUGUUGAGCUCGGUUUGGAACAGGCUGUGUUAGCAGCCGUGGCUUCGCAUGACCUCGAGGUGGAAACUGAGAACAAGAGGAAGAGGCGUGCGGAGUUGGAUGCAGCUGAGGAGGAAGCGGCUAAGAAGGCCAAAACGGAGCAACCAGCUCCAAGCUCACCUGCACCUCCGGUGCUUGAUGGAGCCAUGAUUGCGCAGAUCGCUGCAAUGGUAACAGCGAGUCUGAGUGUUGGUGACUUGGAGAAGCUGCUGGAUGAGAAGAGACGGGCAUCUGCUUCUGGCAGUGCUCAGGGAUCUGAGCAUAGCGGUGCUCAGCAGGACCAGCAGAUGGGCCAACGGGUUGCUGAGUUGGAUCAGAUGAGGGAUGCGGCACAGGAGCGCCGAUCCCAGCUGGUUGAGAAAGCCUCUGAGAAAGCUGAUGAGGUGAAGGAUGCAGCUGAUCUGAAGUGA